UUUCCUCUCAUGAUUCGUGAGCGUAAUCUAGCAGAUGACGUUGACGACAAUUCUUGUGGAGUGGGAUGCAACCUGAAUUCUAUUCAGCUGAUACGUAGUCAGUGCUAAUGAUCGGUCGGCUGCAAAAUGAUGGCGGACGAGAAGUUAUUUUUCUCGAACGCCGUGCAACAAUUGGCGAGAUGUUUAGCCGCUAUCAAACCUACAUCAUGGGAAAAGGUAGCUAAAUUGUACAAGCUAUGUCCGCAAGAUUCUGGUCAAGGUGUGUUCCGCUUGGAUCAGAGGGGUCAGGAUGCAACUAUUGCACUGGGGAUUUAUUUUUUGGAAUCUGGAUUGCAACACCGGGAUCGAAUUUUACCAUAUCUUCUCAGACUAUUGCGUGGUCUUCCAAAAGCAGUAUGGCGAGAUGAGAUAAAAUGUUCGCUCGCCGAGAGAGUUCCGGUCGCGGAACGUUUCAGUUUUUGUUUGAACACAUUAUUGAGUGAUGUGGCAGCAAGAUGUGAACCAGUACGAGAAGAAAUCAUUUCGACGCAGGUUGAGAUCCUUGCGGUUCUUACCAAUCUGAUACGAGGAUACAAGGAUCAAAAUAGUAAUCGGGGCUUGCAAGCAAAGAUAUCAUUAUGCAAAUGUCUGGUGCCAGUGUUGAUUGGUCUCGCACGAUCGAUGGGUCGCUUUGCGUGCACGGAUCCACCGUUGCUCUGUCGCAUCUUUCCACGUCGGGAGACACCCUCGCCGGCAAGCAGUUCCGAGAGUCGCUUGAUGUCCGACAAGAAACAGUAUAGCUUCUCAAACUUUAGACCGAUUAUCCCGCGAUCUCUGAGUGGUAACUUUAAUUCGUGUAUCGACAACAUAGCGUUGCCGGGCUACGACGGUCACGAUUAUCAAUGCGGUAAGAGACCGUCGUUGCAGUCCUUCUUGUCGGUGCCGUACGACCCGACAACAUAUUUCUUCAGUCGUUACGGAUCGAGCUUCAAUCAGUUCCCGCAGAUGCGAUGCAACGAGAGUCCUGAGAGAAGAGCCGGAAUGCAAUUCACUGUAGUGCAUUUGCAGAGUGUGUUGGCUCUAGCUAAAAAAUUACUCACGAAAGAGAUCCUGACGUUUUUAGAUGAAGAGGCACAACAAGUUUACAGUUCUGGCCAAGUGCAAAUUUUCCCAUAUCGCACAUUCAGCGAGACGAUGAAUCUAGUGAUGGUGGCUCUGUUGCGGGAGCUCCUGCAGAAUCAGCGGGAUUUACCGGCCCCGUUCACGAGGGAUGUACAGGAAUUCGUUAAGGGUUUAUUUCUCUCGGGCCAAACGGAGCUGCAAUCACGACAGCAUGAUGCGAGCGAACGCGAGGACAUUGACACGAAUUUCCGUACCGUGAAUCGCUUCAAGGUCAACGUGAUGGCCAACUCCGCUUGCGUGGAUCUGUUGGUCUGGGCGAUCGGCGACGAGACAGUAUCCGGCGAAUAUGAUUUGUCCGCGCUGUUCGCAGAUAUCAGUUCAAUGCUGAUCGGCAAGGGCGCGGAUAGUUUGUGCGGACGACUCGUGGAAAAGAUUAAUUCUAAUCAUGGACCCAAACUUGUGUUAGCACACAUGCCGUUGUUAAUGGUUUGUCUGGAGGGACUGGGAAAAUUGGCGCAAAAGUUUCCCAAUAUAGCCAGCACGUCGAUAUACUAUCUACGAGACUUUCUCAUUGCGCCAUCGCCGAUUCUUCUGAAGUUAUAUCGACAACAUAGCGAAUAUUCCAUGAAGGAGCAUCAAUUUAAAGUGCUAGUUCAAGGGAAGGAAAUAACUGACACAAAGCAGACGACGACGUCAUCGGUACAUACGGCAUUCGAGAAACUUCGUGAUGCGGCAAUCGGGAAUCUCUGCAUCGCCCUGGAAGCUGCGCACUCCGUGAAUCCGGAUUGCGUGCCGGCGCUCGUAGCCAGCGUCUCAAAUAGAUUGUAUACUGCAGACAUAAGCGAUGGUGAAAACGACGAGAAAUUGAAGAACGAAGUAGUCUCGAAGAACAUUGUGAUUAUGUUGGGCCAUGUGGCAGUGGCGUUAAAGGAUACCCCGAAGACGAUGCGCACCAUAUUUCCAUUUUUCCAACAACUCUUCUGCCGCACUCCCAGCGAUCUUGAUUUCCUCAUAGUGGAUCAACUGGGUUGCAUGAUCAUCGCUAAAUGCGAGCCAAAGAUUUACGAAGGGAUAAUGCAAAUGUUCUCCAUGUCGUUGGGAUCAAGUACGGCAACUUAUGCGGCGAAUGAUGAUCGUAAGCAGUAUUGUCACGUUUCCAAGGCGGUUACGAACGCUCUGGCGAAUAUAGCGGCGAACCUGCAAGGCGAGUCUGAGUUGGACGACUUACUGCUGCAUCUUCUUGAACUUUUCGUGCAGUUGGGACUGGAAGGUAAACGUGCCAGCGACAAGAUGCCGAAUAGUAUCAUUGCGACGAAAGCAGCUAGCAGCGCCGGAAAUUUAGGAGUACUCAUACCCGUGAUCGCGAUAUUGAUGCGACGUCUACCGCCGAUCAGACAUCCGCAGAAACGUCUUCUGAAACUCUUCAAAGAUUUUUGGUUGUAUUGCGUUAUAAUGGGCUUCGCAGCGGAUUAUCCGUCGAGAUUGUGGCCACCUGAAUGGUACGAGGGUGUCAAAGAGAUUGCGGUCAAGUCGCCCUAUCUUAUUUCUCAGACUAGCGCCCGUCUCGAAAUGCGAGAAUUACAAUAUACGUCGGCUGUACGCAAUGACAGUGUCUCAUUGAACGAACUGCAGGAGUUGCGGAGUCAAGUAUUGAAAAUAAGCACCCGUACAAAUGACAUAUCAGCGUAUGUCACUAAGCUGCAGUUUGCACAGUGCACAUACUUGUUAUCCGUUUAUUGGUCAGAGACCUUGCGGGUGGCAAACAGUCCUGAACCCAGUUUGCAACCGAUAAUGGAGUAUCUGUGUGAUACUGAUUUGCAAAAGGAUAAGAGCGGUAUGUGGCAAUGUAUAUGUUGUGUGGCGGAUUCUGUCUUCGCGAAAUUUAAAGAUGUGAUGCAGCGUAAACCGAAGGACGAGCAACGCGAGAAGGAACUCGAAAAUCACGCGCAGUUUCUGUUAGUACGUUUCAAUCAUGUGCACAAACAAAUUAGGAGAGUUGCGGACAAGUAUCUCAGCGCAUUAGUGGAUGCUUUUCCGCAUCUGUUGUGGAAUUGCAAAGUUCUCUGGAGUAUGUUGGACAUAUUACAGAUUUUAUCAUACUCGUUACAACUUGAUCCAAAUGAAGAAACUCCUAGUUUGAGAAUACCUGGCACACCGUAUAGUAUUGAGCUUAUGAAUACUAUUGAAGCAAGAGAGAUAAUUGUGAAAGAUUUUACUGCAAGAUGUAAAGGCAUAGUGCAGGAGGCUAUGAAAUGGGCGCCGCAAGCUACCAGAUCACAUCUACAAGAGUACAUCAAUCAGAUACCGUCUUCUAUUAUGCGACAUCAUUCUGGUUUAUCUCUGGCUAUCGACUCUGUCCUCGAAUUCGUGGAUACCGCAAUUCCCACCGUAGUCCCGGCAAACACGAAUUCAUUGGAUAAAAGGCCACGUGCUCCGAAAGGCGCGAGUUCAUGGUUGCUAUCGAUGAUGUCUACGAGAUCCUGGCAUGCCGGUGAAGUAGCGGGUAUGCUCGCUCUAGCGCGCACCGAGUCGUCAACUGCAGAGGUGACUCUAGAAGAGUGCAGAGAUAAAGUCAUCGAUAGAUUGAUCGAAGCCGUUCGUCGCGCUUCUCAGGAUCGCGACGAUACCGCUCAUCGCGGGGCUCUCUGGCGUGCCACUGCUCUCUUAAUAUCCAUGCCCGGGAUACAUAGAAGAUUGCUGCACAUUGUCGCGUGCUCACAGAUAGAACUGUUCACGACCGCAGCUAUGACGACAGCGGUCGAGUGCUGGCAAUGGAUUUUGACUGUACGGCCGGAUCUAAAAUUGCGUUUCUUGCAAGAGAUGCUACUCGCGUGGCAGUACACUGUCGACAAGAGGAUGGGUCUCUUCGCACCAAACGAAGAAGAGGUCAGUCCGCUCGCAGUUUAUGAGGGUUGCCAGCUCGGACCCAAUCCGCCGCAUGUGAAACCGCACGAUAUCUGGGUGACCUUCAUAGUAGAGCUCGUCGAAACGGCCAAGUAUUGCUGUCAGGAAACGGUCGACAUGAUCGCCUUAUUGUUGCAUCGUUCGUUACCCAUGACUGUUGGUGCAUCCGGCGAGGAACCUGGUAUCAAUCGACACGUCGCCGCGGUCGGCGUGCGCUUCAAGCUCCUCUCGUGCGGUUUAGUGCUGUUGCAGGGCGACGUUUUACCGAGAACUUUGAGCAAAAAUGUCUUGCGUGAACGUGUCUAUUCCAAUUGCCUGGAUUAUUUCUGUCGGGAACGCCAAUUACCGACUCAAGAGAUUGACCAGCUUAGCGAGGACAUAGUUACUUUAAUGCGUUUUUGGCAGGUGAUGCAUAGCGAUAAGAAGUACUUGAUGAUGACGGGAGCUGAUAACGAGUUUGAAAUCGUAACUUCUCAAACCUGUACAACCGCGGUAAUUGUUCCGAGCGAGACGAUCGGUUCAUUAGCCGCCACGCUUGCUCCUACGCCAAAUGACUUUUCGAAAUCGUCCAGCAAUGUGUGGAUGAACACCAUGCCGAUGUCGACCAGUAGCAAUACGUUAGGCAAACGCAGCAAUCGCAGCAAGCGAGUUAUCAAUGCCAAUGUUCUCGUGAAAGAUUAUAUCAAGAAGAGAAACUUAAUUCUCGAACUGUUAGCGGUUGAAAUCGAGAUGUUACUAGUUUGGCGUAAUCCUGGCGGAAGACCGGAACUCGCACUGCAAGGAGAAGGGAGUAUCGCGGACUGGCGAGCCAAGGGAAUGAACGACCGUUGGCGCGAAUAUACGCGGCUUGCGUGGGAGAUCAGUCCCGUCUUGGCAACAUUCCUACCAGUGCGAUUGAAAAAUCAUGAAGUCAUUAUCAAGGAGAUCUGCGGCUUGGUGCGCCUUAAACCUGUAUUGGUUAUGCAUCUAUCAGAUGCAUUGCAGUAUCUUGUCACGACAGACACACUGCUCAACGAUGUACCUGAAUUAGUUUAUAUGUUAACCUGGGCAAGAGUGUCUCCAAUUCAAGCACUGGCAUACUUCUCGCGACAAUUUCCGCAUCAUCCUAUCUCGGCGCAAUACGCGGUGCAUGUGUUGGAUAGUUAUCCUGCUGAUGCUGUGCUUUUCUAUAUACCUCAACUAGUGCAAGCCGUCCGUCACGACGCAAUGGGUUACGUGAUUGAAUUUAUCAAAAAGAUCGCUAAACGAUCGCAGGUAGUGGCGCAUCAGCUGAUAUGGAAUAUGUACACUAAUGUAUACAUGGACGAGGAGAAGCAAGUAAGGGAUCCUGUGCUGUACGACAUAUUAGAUUUGUUGUCGAAGAAUAUCCUGAACGCAUUGUCUGGUCCGGCGAAACAAUUUUACGAGAGGGAGUUUGACUUUUUCGAUAAGAUUACCAAUAUCUCGGGCGAAAUCCGGCCGUAUCCUAAGGGACCGGAACGCAAAGCCGCAUGUCUAGAAGCCUUAGCGAGAGUGAAAGUACAACCCGGUUGCUAUCUACCAUCGAAUCCCGAAGCGAUGGUCAUCGAUAUUGAUUAUCAAAGUGGUACUCCUAUGCAGAGUGCUGCUAAGGCGCCGUUCUUAGCGCGCUUCAAAGUACAGAGAUACGGCAUCAAUGAGCUCGAGAACAUCGCUCUAGCAGUCUCGACUAACGGGAAAGUCGAGAGCAAGAAAGAAUCAGAAGAUCAGACGUGGCAAGCCGCUAUUUUCAAGGUUGGCGACGAUGUCAGGCAAGAUAUGCUGGCUCUGCAAGUAAUUAGCAUCUUUAAGAACAUAUUCCAGAAGGUCGGAUUGAAUCUCUUCUUAUUUCCCUAUAGAGUGGUGGCCACAGCUCCCGGGUGCGGUGUGAUUGAAUGCGUGCCAAAUGCAACAUCGAGGGACCAGCUUGGGCGUACGACAGACAGCGAUAUGUAUCAAUACUUUAUCACGCAACACGGAGACGAGACGACCAAAGAAUUCCAAAAUGUUCGUCGGAACUUUGUCAAGUCGAUGGCGGCGUACAGCGUGAUUACGUAUCUCCUGCAGAUAAAGGAUCGUCAUAAUGGUAAUAUUAUGAUAGACACUCAAGGUCACAUCAUACACAUCGACUUUGGCUUCAUGUUCGAGAGCUCACCUGGCGGUAAUCUGGGCUUCGAACCCGACAUCAAGCUCACCGAUGAGAUGGUCCUUGUGAUGGGUGGUAAAAUGGAAGCUGCGCCAUUCCGUUGGUUCAUGGAGUUGUGCGUGCAAGCUUUUCUCGCGGUCAGACCCUACCAGGAAGCCAUCAUCUCUCUCGUCUCCCUUAUGCUCGACACAGGAUUACCUUGCUUCCGUGGACAAACUAUCAAGCUUCUACGCAGUCGAUUUGUACCGACUGCUACUGAUCGAGACGCGGCGAUCUUCAUGAUUAAUGUAAUACGUAACAGCUACCUCAAUUUCCGUACGAAAACUUACGACAUGAUACAAUAUUAUCAAAAUCAGAUUCCCUAUUAAACUGUUGUCGGAGAGAAUUUAUCUCUCUUUUUCCCCUCAUGUUUCUCCUUGUAACCCCUGUAAUUAGUUGGCUAGCGUUUUGCGCUGUUGUUAUCUGAUUAGAAUCCAAGAAUUUAACAUACCGUGUUAGAUAUUGCAGUGUAAUCAUUAAUUCUGCGAGGCUGUACAAAUUUAUAUAGAUGUCAAUAUUAUUUUAUUAGGUCCUGCAUGUAUUUUGUGAAAAUUAUUUCACUCUGUAUAUGUAUGUAAUAAUGUAUUAUAUUUACCUACGAAAAAGAUAUUGUAUUGAUAUAUAUACACAUAAACAUGUCUGUUUUUCGCAGCAUAUCUAUAUGUAUACGAGAACAUUCCUCUGUUUGUUAUUAAUUUAUGCAUUGUGAUUAAAAAUUUUAAAUUACUUAAA